CGAAAUAUGGGAAAGUGGAUCAGGAAUGAUCAAUCUCAUAAAGGAAGGAGAGCCUUGUUUCUUUGGUUUCCUAUAAAGCUUUUCGUCAACACUUCUAAACCUCGAAAAUAUAUGUUUCUUGUAGUUUGAGUAUAAUAAACUGUCAAAAGGUUCUCGCUAUGGCAGCUACCUCUUGUGAACUUUAUCCUGAAAUAUCCAACCAACUUUCUGUUGUUCUCAAAGCUUUGGAGUCGUAUGAAUAUACAGAGUUGGAGCUGAUACCUUUUACUUGGUCAGAUAAUACCAACGACCUUCUCGUUUGUGAAUUGAAGGAAGAUACUCUGAUGAUUCAAGGCACUCCAUUGCGUAUCAUUUAUAUGGAAGCUCAACAAAUAUUCAGUAGAUUUCGUCAAAACUUGAAGAGAGGAUCUUUUUCUUGGGAUUGGAAACUAUGGGACAGUUUGUCACGCUUCUUGUUAUUUGUUCAACCAGCCCAAUCUACUGUUUGGAACUUUCGAAAGUGUCUUUUGCUACAGAGUCACGUAUCAUAUGACUUGGAGCUCGAGGUGAAUCGAAUGGCUUUAAAGAGGAAUGCAAAGACAAGUGAGGUUUGGCAACAUAGAAAGUGGAUAUUACUUCAACAAACGAACUCGAUUUCUAGUGACUUUAUUGAGAGAGAGUUGGAAAUGUGUUCCUUUCUGGUGGAUAGAUUUGAAAAAUCUUAUCACUUGUGGUACUAUCGAUGGUGGCUUGUCGAUUCCUAUAUUAGCAUAUUACCCAGAGAGUUUAUUAUUCAGGAAUAUUACAAGAAAAGCAAAGAAGCCAUACGACAACAUGUAUCCGAUCAUGGUGCAUAUUUCUAUCGUCAAAAGUUGUUGCUUUAUUUAUUGAAGAACCAAAACACACAGGUUGACUAUUUUGCAUUGUUGAGCUCCGAAUGGGAGUGGACACAUAGCAUCAUCGAGAUGAUAGACUACUCCUUUGACUCUCCAUUCAGUUAUGCACAAUUCAUCUAUGCUUGCUGUAGCUAUUGGCUGGAUUAUGAAAACUCACAACACAGGUACCUCAUGGACGCUGUAUAUCAAACUCUAAAGUGCCGUAAAUCAAAGAAUCGACAAGAUGAUAAAGUCUCUUCUAACAUGCUAUUCAAAAUGAGCCGACAGCUGUUCCAAGUUGUCAAGAUAAUCAUCCAUGAUGACAUGCAUCAUAGAACGAUAACUAAAUAAAAGUGAUCAAAAGGUCACAAUAAGAUAU